AUGCAUUUUCAGGCAGUCAUUAAUUUUGAAAUUACUGAAAAAGCUACUGUUCUUAAGAAUCAACUAGCUCAAAAGGGAUAUGAUGAAGUGGCCUUAAAAGAUAACAUAAAUCAGGUGGCCAAAACAAACAGGUCUCUUCUUUUACAAUAUAAGAAUAAAGACAACUGUGACCGUCAGAAAGAACAGAUCCCUUUAAUUUUUAAUUUUUCUAGUAAUAUUGGAGCGGUAAAGAAAAUCAUCAACAAAAACUGGCACAUUUUACAAGAAGAAGAAGAUAUACACCAGUUUAUAGUGCCAGUGCGGAUAAAAAAUCUUCUAGAUGAGCUUUUUAUAUUUCCUAUGAAAGCAAUUGUCAAUGCCAGCAAAUUGGAUUCAGGUCAUAUUAAAGGAGACACACUGAUUGAUAUUUCUGCUGGUGCCAGUAUUUUCCAUAUUUUACCAAUCUGUACGUAUUUCAAAGACAUCACUAUAUUGGAGUUUAAUGAUGCCUGUCUCAAGGACCUGCAGAAAUGGCAGAAUAAAGAACCAGGUGCAUUCGAUUGGUCUCAUGCAUCAAAGAUUGUUGCAGAACUAGAGGGCUGCAGUGAUAAAUGGGAAGAAAGAGAAGAUGAUCUAAGAAGACGCAUCAAGCAUAUUUUGAAAUGUGAUUUUAGUAAAGAAAACCCAACUGACCCUGUUGUGUUACCAAAGGCAGAUUGUGUGAUUAAUUUGUUUGUAUUGGGUCACAUUUCUAAAGAUUUAGAUGCUUACUGCCAUAAUUUGAAAAUACUAUCAUCAAUGCUUAAAUUAGGAGGGCGUCUGUUAUUGGUUGGUGGCUUUAACGGCUCUUUUUACACUGUAGGAGGACAUAAGUACCAUGUUUUGAAAUUUAGUAAAGAGGAACAUGGAAAGAUUCUGAGAGAUUGUGGGUUUUCUGUUGAGUAUACUGAAGUGAAGGAAAGUAAAGUACGCAAUGAUAUUAUGUAUUGUACUCAUCUUUUCUUUGUUAGUGCUAUCAAAAACAAGUAG